AUGGGCUAUGGGAAAAAAAAGGAAGAUGACGAAUUUCUACCCAAAUGCCAACAGAUGAAUUGCCGAUACAAAUGUGCCAUUACGAGGAAUGGCACCAGGUGUUACUGUGAAGAUGGGUAUGAAGCCAGCAGUGAUGGAAGAAGCUGCAGAGACUUGAAUGAAUGUAAUACGUAUGGAAGCUGCAGCCAGAUGUGUGCGAAUACAGACGGAUCAUACACUUGCAGCUGCGUGGAGGGUUAUGUACUUCAGCCUGACAACAAGUCUUGCAAGAUCAAAAAUGAGCCCACUGAUAGACCUCCACUUCUGCUGGUUGCAAACUCUGAAACAGUUGAGGUCUUGUAUCUUAAUGGAAGCAGAGCGUCCACCCGAGCUCCUGUGAAAGGAUCUGCAGUUUUUACACUAGAUUAUGUUUACAAAGAGGACACAAUUUGUUGGAUUGAAUCCAAAGAUCCUUUAAGUCAGUUGAAAUGCAUCAAGAUAACAAAAGCUGGGAAGUUAGCAGAUGAAUGGAUAAUAAACAUUGCUCAGUAUCUUCACAAUGUGCAGCAAAUGGCCAUCGACUGGAUCACGGGGAAUUUCUACUUCGCAGACCCCGUCAGCGACAGGAUCUUCGUGUGCAGUCGCAACGGGACCGUGUGCGUUACCCUCGUCGAGCUCGAGCUGAGCAACCCCAAGGCAAUAGCUGUUGACCCAGUGUCAGG